AUGGUUCUCUCAGAACCUCCCCAACCGACCGAUAGGUCAGGAGCCGGUGUCAAUCAAUCCGAGUUACACAGGCCUCGCGGGACAACGGCCUCGAGCGACAAUGAAAAUCACCCAAUGACCCCCGUGAGUCCAGGUCGAGGGAGUUUUGAUUCUGCCCCUUUGUCCAUCGAACACGCCUCGACGGAUUCGAUGCGCGAUGCGACCCAUAAAGAGCACCAUGCGUCCGCCCACCCUCUUCCCUCGUUACAGAUAAGGACCGACUUCUCAAACCCUCGCCAAUUGAGCCCUCAUCGAGACGCGGAGACAUUUGUGCAUCACAGUAUCUCCUCUAAUAGCCUUCCGCAUCGCACUCCAAGUUUGCGGGGAUUGAUGGCAGGGCCAAGUCAUAAUAUCACACCUCUACCAUCGCCCAUCGGCGGCGCAUCGCCUUGGAGACUUACAACGCGUCGCGAUUCGCAGUCAUUGUCCCGGACCUCUUCGGUCGCAUCAAGGACUGGCUCGAGUCUCAGUCUACGGCCUAUCGAUCCUUCACAGGUAUCCGUUUCAGAACCUCGUUCGCGCGGCAAAACGCCUACGAUCACGGACAAAGUAAGCGUCGAAGAGCAUUCAGACACACAUACGGCUCCGAAGCAUACGCGCAAUCGCAGUUUAAGCGAGUACGUGCCGCAGGGUCGAGGAAUUCCUGUGAAACCCCGCCCCGUUGCUGUCUCCGGAACCGGCGCGCCCCAGGGGAUUACUUCAUCAUCGAGCACGGACUCCAAGUCCAAUAAUUUACACCGCGAGCAGUACCUCGCAGUUCAUCGAGGGAUCGCAUUACCUGCCGUCCGCCCACCCUCCCCGCCACGAAGCAGUGGGUAUGGCGCCAGCGAUAAUGAUUCUGUUAUAAUCCAUCCGUCUGAUGCGCAGGGUGCGGAGGAACUUUACUCAGUGCGAUCAAUUCGGACUCAACAACCCCGACUGUAUCGCAAGCUCCGACAGUUAGGGCAUGGGACAUUUAGUCAAGUGUCUUUGGCUGUGCGCGUGGAGACUGAGGAGAACGGUGAAUCCGGGGACGGGCCCCAAGACGCUGCCCCAGCAGCUCAGAAGUUAGUUGCUAUCAAGGUCAUCGAUCACGGACCGGCAGGGGGCGCGGAUGAGGAGCGACUGGAGGUUUCGCUCAAACGAGAGGUUGAUAUUCUCAAGUCACUAAACCAUCCCUCUUUAGUUCAACUGAAGGCGUUUGGAAGUGAUGAAAAGCGCGCUCUCCUUGUACUGGACUACUGUCCAGGCGGCGAUCUCUUUGAGGUUGUUUCGCACAACACUAGACCUAUGGGUCCGGGGCUCAUUCGCCGUAUCUUCGCCGAGCUGGUUGCCGCUGUGCGCUAUUUACAUGAGCAUUACGUAGUUCAUCGCGACAUCAAAUUAGAGAACGUUCUUGUCAACAUACCGUCGGAUUCCCUGCAAAAGAACGCCGACUGGCGCACAUAUGACCGUGCGGUGGUGACUCUUAGUGACUUGGGCCUGUCAAGGAGAAUUCCUGAGCCUCCAGAGAGUCCUCUUCUACAGACUCGUUGUGGCAGUGAGGACUAUGCAGCGCCGGAAAUUCUCAUGGGCCAACAGUAUGAUGGACGCUCCACCGAUGGCUGGGCACUCGGUGUACUCCUCUAUGCUAUGAUGGAGAGUAGGCUUCCAUUCGAUGCUGUACCUGGAACUAGGGGCGACCCUGCGAAGCUUCGAGCACGAACUCCACACCGUAUCGCGCGUUGUGAGUGGUCGUGGUAUCGGUACGCUGACAGCGAUGGCGAAUGGGACCCCGAAAAGGGGAGAGACCUGGAGGGGGCCCGAGCAUGCGUGGAGUCGUUGCUGAAACGGAAUACAAAGCGAAAAGGUCUCGACGAAAUUGCAUCCUCUGAGUGGGUGAAGGAUGCGAUUGAUGUACCCGGUGGGUUGAAGCGGGGUGAUAAGGAAGUUCCGUAG